GGUUUCUCAUAAUCACUGAGGGAGUGGCAAAUUUCUAGGUAUAAGAGUUACACUUGAGGCAUCUUGUUUCUGAGCAAUGACUAAAAUACAUUCCACAUGUGGCAGAGGAGCAAGCUCUGAGCUCCGCAGCCAAUCUAUCUGAACAAGUGAAGAUAAGAGCUGGACCUAAAGGUAUAUCACUGAAACUCUGGGCUGAAGAGGAUGAGAGGCUGAAUCCGGAUGAGCAGUCCGAACUUUUCCUGAGACCCCAGUCUCAGAAUGCCUUAAAUGACAAUGGCUGCUGAGAAUUCCUCCUUCCUGACAGAAUUUAUCCUCCCAGGCUUAACAGACCAACCGGGAGUCCAGAUCCCCCUCUUCUUCCUGUUUCUAGGCUUCUACAUGGUCACUGUGGUGGGGAACCUGGGCUUGAUAACCCUGAUAAGGCUCAACUCUCACUUGCACACCCCUAUGUACUUCUUCCUCUAUAACUUGUCCUUCAUAGAUUUCUGCUAUUCCAGUGUUAUCACUCCCAAAAUGCUGAUGAGCUUUGUCUCAAAGAAGAACAGCAUCUCCUACGCAGGGUGUAUGACUCAGCUCUUCUUCUUUCUUUUCUUUGUUGUCUCUGAGUCCUUCAUCCUGUCAGCAAUGGCAUAUGACGGCUAUGUGGCCAUCUGUAACCCACUGUUGUACACGGUCACCAUGUCUCCCCAGGUGUGUUUGCUCCUUUUGUUGGGUGUCUAUGGGAUGGGGUUUGCUGGGGCCAUGGCCCACAUGGCGUGCAUGAUGGGUGUGACCUUCUGCGCCAAUAACCUUGUCAACCACUACAUGUGUGACGUCCUUCCCCUUCUCGAGUGCUCUUGCACCAGCACCUAUGUGAAUGAGCUUGCAGUGUUUGUUGUUGUGGGCAUUGAUAUUGGUGUGCCCACAGUCAGCAUCUUCAUUUCCUAUGUUCUCAUUCUCUCCAGCAUCUUCCACAUUGAUUCCACAGAGGGCAGGUCCAAAGCCUUCAGCACCUGCAGCUCCCACAUAAUUGCAGUUUCUCUGUUCUUUGGGUCAGGAGCAUUCAUGUAUCUCAAACCCUCUUCUCUUUUACCUAUGAACCAGGGCAAGGUGUCUUCCCUAUUCUAUACCACUGUGGUGCCCAUGCUCAAUCCACUAAUUUAUAGCCUGAGGAAUAAGGACGUCAAAGUUGCUCUAAAGAAAAUAUUGAACAAAAAUGCAUUCUCCUGAGAAAAGGGCAAUGCUCAGGAAAGAAACAUUGUUUUUCCUAUAAGUGAUUUGGACUCCAUUGGUUACAUGGAAGAAAUAUAAUUUUUCCUCAAACAGGUUCAUCAUCCCCAUUUUAAGGGUUCCUUAAUUUACAAAUAUUCUUAAGAGCUUUGAAUACUCACACAGUAAGUCUUGAGGAUCAUUUCACUCAAUUCCCCACUAUUUCUGAGGAUAGACUCAGGCUUAUGUACCUUCCCCGAGAUUGCUCAGCUGCUCAGCAGUGGAACUGCGACUAAAAUCCAGGCUCUUUAUUUCCAGUACUGGCUGCUUUUCAUUAUGGCUCACUUUCUUCCUCCCUCAGCCUCUGGAAGAUUUCAUUUCAAAUGUGAGCUGGCCUAGGAUGUUAAAAUCUGAUUCUGUCCUCAGAAAUUACAUGCAACUUUUCAAAGGCUAAUUUUAAAUGUCGCAUUUUUGCAAGUAGGUAGGAAGUAUAUAGAAUUUUUUGUUGAGAUGGCCUUGGCCAAAUGACCAGGGAAAUUCUUGAAGCAUUUUGAAGAAGGUGCAGGGGAAGUGUGUUAGGACCCAGGGAGCAGCAUGUAUGGUGCCUCUUAAGACAGUGGGGUGGAGCUUCAGGGACUUGGACUUGAAGGGUUUUAGUGAUGCUGGGUGGAAGAACUUAUAGAAAAUGUCAAAGUUAUGAAGAACGGAAUUUGGGAAUUAUUUCACAUGCAAUCACAUACAAUCAUUGCCCUGUUUUCAAAAGUCAAGGUGGGGACCAGAUGCAGUGGCUCAUGCAUGUAAUCUCAGCUACUCAGGAGACUGAGGGAGGAAAAUCGCUUGAACCCAGGAGGUAGAGGUUGCAGCGAGCCAAGAUCAUGGCACUGCACUCCAGCCUGGGCAAUGGAGCAAGACUCCAUCUAAAAAACAACAACAAUAAAACCACAAGAUGGAGAAGUCCACAGCCUAGGGUGGUCAGUUAUGGAUCUGGAGAAUAUUUCAGAACCACAGAGAGCCUUGUGUUACAAGUCAGUAGUCAGGUGAGACCCACACGGCAGUCAGUCAGUGGAGGGAAUGACCACCAAAUGGUAUAAUGCUGCAUGUAGCAGAAACCAUGUGGGGUAUUUUUUGCAUGGUUUCACAGAUCAACUUUCUGCCCCUUGGCGCCUCACGCCGAAUCCUGGGAGGUAUUCCUUAACCGGUCCCCUUGCCCUCUGGUUUCAGUUGGGUUAGACCAAUGGCAACAUCAGCAGAGGAAAUCAGAGGGUAGGAGGAGUGUGAUAUUAUGCUAUUUAUUUCCCUGACUUCCUCCCAGCUGGGCUACAGUGGCAGUAACUGAAUGCCUCAUUUCUUACUGGGUUAUAAUAACUGCUCCCUCCCUCGUCUCUUCAUGCCAAGGAGUGAUAAUGUCUCCCUGCUGUUGUUAACCCAGAGAGCUUGACCAUCUCUUUGUGGUUUCUCUCAAUCACUUUUGCUUAAACGAAUGCAAAUAGUUUCUCUAUUGUAUUUUCAAUUACUGUAUUUGUGUGGAUCAUCUGAUUUUUGCAGAAACUCUGACUGCUGCACCUUCCAAUAAAGGGUGGGAGAAAUGAUGUGGCUCAGGUUUAUAAGCCCACAGCCUAAUGGUGCUGUAUAAAGGAAGGUAGAGUAGCUUUUCAGUUUAAAAAGAUUAUAAAUAGUAGAUUUCUUUGUGAAACAAUGAUAUGUGAAAUGCUGUGAAAAUGUGUUGACUUACGAGUCUCUCUUUAGGAAGAUUCUCUUCUAUUUAGAAAAAGUAAAGUUUGGAUGGAUGUAGAGUGUUGCCCUUUGGGAUGGUGCAGAUUAAUAAGGGUGAAUUCAAAAGAAUGAGGGACUGUGUCUUGGACAGCAUGGACUAGAUAAACAACACAGAAUUUAGCUGACUAUGGGACUGAGAGGGGCAGAGCAGCAUAAAGACUCAGAAAGAGCAGAGCCCAGAGAGUUGGAUGGUAGAAUCAAAUUUGAACCUGAGUUUCUCCUCAGUUGUGUUACCUUAAGCAUUACAUGAUGUCUCUGAGCAUCAAUUUCUUCAUCUUUAAAAGCAUUUUUCCCAGAGGUAUUAAGAGAAUUAAAUGCCAGAUUCUUGGUAAAUUUGUUUCUAUCCCCGCCAGUUCCUUUUCAUUUUAAUAUCAGCACUUGCACUAAUUUAUUAUGUGACCUUGGGACAAUUGCUUCAUUUUUCUGGGCCUAUGCUUGCUUAUAUGAAAAUGAUCAUGUUCUAUCAGAUUAUUUCUACAUUCCAUUUACAAGAUAUAUUUAUUUAUAUAUUGACCAGAUAAUACAUUUGCUAUAGGCUGAACACUUGUGUCCCCUCAAACUCAGAUUUUGAAAUGACGGAUGUUGAAAGGAGGUGGGGCCUUUGGGAGGUGAUUAGGUAAUGAGGGUGGGGCCCUCAUGAAUGAGGUUAGUGUCCUUAUAAAAGAGUCCUGAGGGUGGGUGUGGUGGUGCAUGCCUGUAAUCCUAGCACACACACACACACACACACACACACACACACACACAAAGCCUGAGAGAGAUCUCUCCCACCUCUUCUACCAUGUAAGAACAAAACAAGAAGGCUCUGUCUAUGAGGCAGAAAGUGGGCUCUCACCAGACAUGGAAUCUGCUGCUGCCUUAAUCUUGGACUUCUCAGCCUCUGCAACCAUGAGAAAUAAAUUCCUGUUGUUUAAAAGCCACCUGGUGUG